AUGGAUGAAGAAAAGAAGGGAAAACAAUUUUGGUAUAGGUUUCAGGGUCACGAAUACGGAGAUGAAGAAUUGAAGACGUAUGAUAAACAAAAGGAAAGAUCCUCAGAAAUUGAGCCUUUAACUAAGUUGACACCUUAUUUGGAUUCAUUGAAUGUUCCCAGAAAAUCCGAAGAAAUUAGAAAAAAAUAUCAAAAUGAAGAACCAAGUUUGGUAUUGCAUAUUCACAAGUAUCAUUUUCGGUUUGAACAACAAGAUGGAGCAUUCACGUACAAUGGGCCGGUGAAGACUAUCCUACAUUACAUACGAAUGGAAUUGAUACCACCGGAUUGUCUUGAAGUGUUUCAAAACUCAAAUAUAAAGUUUUACGAUGGUUGCUUAACUGUUCGAAUCGUCGAUCAUCGACAUAGCACCUCCAACGAUUCGAGUCAAUCACAAUCUUCCACCACAGCCUCAUCUUUAAAAGCUCCGCCUCCUCCGCCUUCUCCUUCUUACCUACCAAAAAAUGCAACAAAUGCAGAAACAGCUAUGCAGCCUGCCAUGCCUGCUUCCACACAAGCAUCCUCGUCUCCACCAGUCCAUUACACCGUGCUGCGUCCUACACCGGAGACACUUUACCAGGAUUUGUGCUUGCUGAACGAAAGUUUGGCUGGACAGUUAUCAGAUGAUAACAUUCUGGAUCUGGAGUCCAAAAUCUUGGUUGCUUCCGAGCCGCCACUGAUUUUAACUCCAGCUGCCUCGAAGCCACAAAUGAUCCAUGUAUUAAAUGAGCUGGCUGAUGCUCCUCCACCAUUGAAAAGAAAGCGCCAGCAAGGAUCUGCUCAACUUGCCGGCGAAGAAGCCGAACGACUUGAAAAAGAAAACUUGCUUUUGCUUAUGGAUGACCAAAGGAAUCACGAUUUCCAACCUACUUUCCAAAGACUACAAUUCAUAGAAAAUGUCCGCAGAAAGCGUGCCAUUCUGCAGCAACGUCAGCAAUUGCAGCAGCAACAGCAACAAGCGACGCGACAGGAAGCCCCUACAUCUCAGCUUGCUAGACAGCAGUUGCAACAACAGCAACAGCAGCAACAACUACAACAACAAUUGAAACAGAGAAGAUCAACGCCGAAAACUCAGCGUCAAGCACCUCCCCCUAAUAUACAUAUUCCUCCUGUUCAGCCAUCCAUGCCAAAGCAAGCGCUUCCAGCGACUAUUCCUCCCUCGAUGACACAAAAAGCACCUACUGGCCCCUUUCCUUCUUCCACUGGUCCAACACCAGCAGAUCCUCCUGCCGUCAAGCGGGAGCAAGUCAUGGAUAUGAAUCGUAUUCGACAGUUAGCUAUUCUCUUUCAGCAAAAAGCUGCUCAAAUGAAGGCACGGGGAAUGAGUCGCGAACAAAUCACAGAAUUACUGAAUCAGCAGGCAGCUGUAGCUGGAACUGAUUUACCCACUAUAAUGACAGUUGCUAGGAACAUACACCUACAACAACUUCAAUUACAGCAACAACAGCAGCAGCAAAUGAAAGCUGAACGACCAUGA